AUGUUACGUCACAGCAUAGCUGGUCUCUCCGCGAGAGCACCCGCACAGAAAUGCUUUCUCUCCGCCUCCGCCGCUGCCGUAGCAGGACGUCAAUCCCUCCGUAAUUCGAAGACGAUACCGACGAUAACGACGAUAACGACGACGACGACAUCGCGACUCCUCUCGUAUACACGGACGGCGCGCAUACGUACCAGCAGCCACCGUCAGGCCCUCGUUCCCCCAUCGCCCGCCUCCCUCGGCGCACCGCGCAAGGCGCGCACAUACCCCCGCGGGAGCAAAUGGCUGCGCCGGCUCCUCGUCCUCUCCGCCGUCGGCGGCUCCAUCUACCUCUUCGACCGUCAAGUCUACGCCUCCGGGCUCGGCCGUACCCUCCGCACCUUCAGCAUGGGCCUCGUGGUCGCCCUCGACUACAAGGUCAACUUCCGCCCGGAACCACUGACCGGCGGCUCCGUCCAGGACCUGCACCACCGUAACGCCGAGCGCUUGUUCGAGCUGCUGCGACACAACGGCGGGCUGUAUCUCAAGAUCGGCCAGGCCAUCGCCAUGCAGAGCGCUGUUCUGCCGCCCGAGUUCCAGAAGAUGUUCUCGCGCAUGUUUGACGACGCCCCGCAGGACGACUGGCGCGACGUUGAAGCCGUCAUCCGCGAGGAUUUUGGGGGCAGGAGCGUCGAAGAGGUCUUCGGCGUCAGCUUCCGCGGCGAGGAGGGCAAGGGCGUCAUGGAGCGGCGCGCCCGGGCGAGUGCCAGCGUCGCGCAGGUGCACUGGGCCCGCCUCCCUGACGGCCGCGAGGUGGCCAUCAAGAUCCAGAAGCGCGAGAUCGCCAAGCAGAUCAGCUGGGAUCUGUGGGCGUUCAAGACGGUCGCCUGGAUCUACAGCAAAUGGUUCGAUCUGCCGCUGUACAGCCUCGUGCCCUUUAUCACGGAGCGGCUGGAGCUCGAGACGGACUUUCUGAAUGAGGCCAAGAACUCGGAGACGAUGCGCGAGCUCAUACAGUCGGAGAAGAGCCUGCGCGGCAGGGUCUACGUGCCCAAGGUCUACUCGGAGUUGUCGACGAGGCGCGUCAUGGUGACGGAGUGGAUCGAGGGCAUCCGGCUGUGGGACAAGCAGGGCAUCAACGGGCGCUGGAUGGGCGGCUACGGCAACGGAUCCCCCGGCGUCCAGGGCGCGAGCCUGCAGCCCCCGGACAUGGCCACCGUCCGCCGCGAGCUCCGCGAGCGGCCUUACGCCGAGCAGAUCAAGCCGGAACGAGCCGAGUGGAAGGGCCGACGCGGCCGCGGCGGCCUGGGCCUGUCGAGCAAGGAGGUCAUGACGACCAUGAUCGACCUCUUCGCCGCCCAGAUCUUCAAGUGGGGCGUCGUCCACUGCGACCCGCACCCGGGUAAUAUCUUUAUCAGGCGGCUGCCCAACGGCCGCGCCGAGCUCGUGCUCAUCGACCACGGGCUGUACGUGUACAUGACGGACCGGUUCCGGCACCAGUACGGUGUCUUCUGGAAGGCCCUCAUGACGUUCGACAAUAAGACGAUCGAGCGCGUCACCGAAGAGUGGGGCAUCAAGGCGGCGGACCUCUUCGCGAGCGCGACGCUGCUGCGGCCGUACGAGGGCGGCGACGAGCGGACGCGCAACGGGCUGAUGAAGGAGCUCGAGGGCAAGACGCCUGCCGAGCGGCACUAUGAGAUGCAGCAGCGCAUGAAGCAGGGCAUCCGCGAGAUGCUCGCCGACGAGGAAAAGUGGCCCAAGGAGCUCGUCUUCAUUGGCCGCAAUAUGCGCAUCGUCCAAGGCAACAACCAGUACCUCGGCAGCCCUGUCAACCGUGUCAAGAUGAUGGGAGAGUGGGCGAGCCGCAGCCUGUUCGAGGACCCGAACCUGCCGUGGGCGAGCCGCGCCGGUAACGCGUGGCGGCAUCUUCUGUUCAAGGGCGUGCUGGCGCUGACGGACAUUGCCUUUUACUUCUUCAAACUUAAGCAGUGGCUCGGCGUCGGCGGCGGUAUGGAAGACGAGAUGGAGAAGAGGAUGAAGGAUAUUGCGCAGGACUUCGGCGUCGAGCUGCAGCACGAGGUUUUUGAGGGGUAG